GUAGUCCGAGUUUGUUAUGGUCCAACUUUGCUAUAGUCCGACUUUGUUUUGGUCCGACUUAUCAGUAAAUCCGAUAAACAUGUGGUGACGAGGAUCAACGUCGAAAAUUAUUAUUGAAAGAAACGUUCAACUUGUUUCAAGGCUCCUCAGACAUCUUAACACAAUGGGCAGUCUUGAAGAGGUUCGGAAGAUAUGGGCCAGUGCCGACGCAGUUUGCUUUGAUGUCGACUCCACCUUGCUGAUAGAUGAAGCACUGGAUGAACUGGCCAAAUUUUGUGGUGUUGGAAAAGAGGUACAAGAAUGGACCAUGAGAGCCAUGGGUGGAGGCGUUUCCUUUAGGGAGGCUCUAGAGGCUCGUUUAGAUAUCGUAAAGCCGUCAUGUCAAAACGUAGAAGACUUCAUCAGACAGCACCCUCCACAGUUCUCACCUCACGUUCAGGAAUUAAUUUCGAAGCUCCACGCCAGGAAAAGGGAGGUGUACUUAGUAUCCGGGGGAUUCCGGAGUAUCAUCGAACCAUCAGCCAAGGCACUUAACAUUCCAGCCACGAACGUUUUUGCCAACAGACUGAAAUUUUACUUUAAUGGUGACUACGCAGGAUUCGAUGAGACCCAGCCAACUUCGUCUUCUGGGGGUAAGUCCAUCGUGGCGAGGAUCAUCAAGAAGGAACAUGGUCACAAGAUGUUGGUGGUGGUGGGAGAUGGGGCAACUGAUAUGGAGGCAGUACCCCCUGCAAAUGCCUUUAUUGGUUAUGGUGGAAAUGUGGUCAGGGAGUCGGUGAAAGAGAAGGCAGCCUGGUUCGUGACAGAUUUCAGAGACCUCAUCCAGGCACUAGACAGCUGAGACGUACCUCUAUACAGAAACAACAUCACAUAGAUAACAAGCGCAGCCCAGAAGUUUCCAGAAGAACCAGUCAAUGGAAUUGACUUAGUUUUAACAUAUGAACUCCCUGCACUGGAGAGAAACUGCCAUCUAUUUUUGUCAACCACUAUCUAGUUUCCAGAUGAGUAUGCGAGGCAGGUAUAGGAGGUACCUGUUAAUCUGACAGCCCAUCCGUCAGAGAAAACAUUUCAAAGAAACAAAGUAUGAAAUUCAGAUCUUUUUGUGAAAUCAGUGUAGAACUUUCAAGAAAUUUGUAUUCACUAGUAUAAGAGGGAAGAAAGAGAUUUUUUAUUUCUCUUUAUUUGUUUUUGAGAAAACCAUUUUUAUGUUUUACGUAUUAUGUUUUAAGUACAUAUGCAUGUAUGUUUUGUUUUUGUUUUGGGAAGGAUUAUUUUAAUAAAAAUGUUUUUAUUAUUUUACAUGUAACUGCCCGACAGGUGCAAUCUUCAUUAAACUUCUCUAAGCUGUU